AUGGAAUUGGAAAUCAGUAGUUCAGAAGAAUCAUCCACGACGAUUUUCCCUCUUGCGCGAGCCAAGCGCUCAGUGUAUACACCGUUACAGAGGAAGCAGGCUUUGCUUCUGCGAGGCUAUCUCCAAGCGUCGGGAGAUGUCCUGGACGCUGCCAUCAGAAGCUUCAGGGAUUAUUUGGCAUCGGAUUCAGCGACGACCAAUGCCGGUGCCUCCACAUCUGGAGUGGCAUCUGACGCGCCGGUGAUGAAUGCUCCAACCAACAGCACUGAAUGGGCGGAGCUAAUUGUCAAGGGGAUGUCGUCCGCUUCGGAUCUGAACGACGCCAGGAAUCGAGCCUUCAGGAUACUUGAAAUGUUCGGCAAAUCUGCCGCAAACUGCAGUACUCCUGAUGAAGCGCAGAAAAUGCGUGAGGAGAACAAGAUACUGAAGCAGAUGCUGGGAGCCCUGCUUCAGCAGGCCAGCAUCCUGAAGCGAGCCGUCGUCAUCCAGCACAACCGGCUCAACGACUACCAGAACAUGGUGCAGGAGCGGCCCCAGUUCAAUGAGACCGUCGCCAAGUACCAGCAGCAGAUCAAGGAGCUGCAGGGGAUGAACGAUUUGCUGUCGUUCCAUCUCAGGAGGGCGAAUCAACAGAGUAGCAUACCUGGGCGCCGCAACCCCGACGUCUUCUAGGCGGUCACCGCAUCUGCGCUGAAGGUUAUGUGCUGACUCUGACGCGAGAUCCUGAAGCUGCGAUUGUCGAAGGAGUCAUAUACAAGUCAUUGAGCUCGCGCUGGCGAGCCUCCUCUUCCAUUUCAACUGGGAGCUCCCCGGCGGCACGGUGGAACUGGACAUGGCGGAGACGUUCGGGGUCACGGCGAAGAUGAAGAACGACCUGUGGCUGCAUGCUACCGUCAUCGUGCCACCUCUCUAAAUAAAUUUGCACGUGGAGAUCGAUCAACGAUUCGUCUAGCUUGCGUCUCUGCAAAUUUGUCUCAAAAUUACCUGCUUGUGAUAAAUUAUUUAAGGGUCUGUCUAGGACACAUAUCUAGGUGUGACAUAGUUAUGUCACAUCUAACUUGAUAUCCACUAUGUUUGUGGUCUGUUUUUAUUUUUUGUCCCAGUUUUUUUUGUUUCUUGCUGCUGUGUUACUUGUGGGGGAUUAGAUGUGACAUCUUCAAAAAACAUCUAGAUGUAAAUUAGACAAAUUGAUUAUUUAAAUUUUGCAUCUUGAAUAAAGCAAGG